GUACUUGAUUCUUUUUACUUAAUAUAUUCUACAAUAUCCAACAGGAUGAAGAAAAGCAAUUCCUGGUAGUCCCUGCUUAUAUACCUGUUAUUGGCCUUAAUUCACAACACCACUCUCUAGUCUUAGCAAGCAAGAACUCUUCCAUGGAUGACCAAAAUGGCCUAAAAGAAGCCCAAGUUGUUGUAGUAAUGGUCCCUCUUCCAGCACAAGGCCAUCUCAACCAGCUCCUUCAACUCUCCCGACUCAUCUCCGCCUAUGACAUGCCGGUCCACUAUGUCUGCACCACCACCCACAUCCGCCAAGCCAAGCUUCGCGUCCAUGGUUGGAACCCUCUCGACAACGCCAACAUCCAUUUCCAUGAGUUGUCAACCCCUGCUUUUAUCUCUCCUCCUCCCAACCCCAAUGCCAACAUUCAAUUUCCCUCCCAUCUCCAACCAUUAUUGGAAGCCUCAACACAGCUUCGCCAACCCACUGCCGCCAUUUUUCGCGCGCUCUCCUCCACUGCAAAACGAGUUAUCAUCAUUCAUGACUCCCUGAUGUCUUCUGUUGUUCAGGAUGUCACUUGUAUCCCAAACGCUGAGUCCUACAUGUUCCAUAGUGUCUCGGCUUUCUUUACUUUCUUCCACUUCUGGGAAAUAAUGGGAAAAUCCUUCCCAGUUGAUGCCAAAAUACUCCAAGACCUUCCCUCCGAGGAAGGCUGUUACACUCCAGAGUUCGUGGAAUUUAUUCACACCCAGGUUAAUUGCUGGAACUUCAGCUCUGGUUAUUUAUACAACUCAUGCAAGGCAAUAGAAGGAGAAAGGGUAUUUAUUGAUUUACUUGCAAGAGAAGAGAUUACCCAAAACAUGAAGCAAUGGGCUAUUGGACCAUUCAAUCCGGUGGAAGUAUGUGAUGAAAAGAAGCCAAGUGAUCAACGCCACAAAUGCUUGGAAUGGCUGGACAAACAGGUCCCAAACUCGGUGAUAUUUGUGUCUUUUGGGACGACAACUUCAUUGAGUGAUGAACAAAUCAAAGAGCUCGCGAUUGGACUGGAACGAAGCGAGCAGAAGUUUAUUUGGGUAUUGAGAGAUGCGGAUAAAGGAGAUGUGUUUGUGGGAGAAACAAGAAGAGCUCAAUUGCCAAAAGGGUUUGAAGAAAGAGUGGAAGGAAAGGGAAUGGUGGUGAGAGAUUGGGCACCUCAAUUGCAAAUUCUCGGACACGAAUCAACAGGAGGGUUCAUGAGUCACUGUGGUUGGAAUUCAUGCAUGGAGAGCAUCAGUAUGGGGGUGCCAAUUGCAGCAUGGCCUAUGCAUUCAGACCAGCCGAUGCACACUAUGCUCGUAACAAAGUUACUCAAGGUUGGCUUAGUGGUCAAGGAUUGGGCACAUCGCAAGGAGUUGGUAAGCUCAUCAACUAUUGAAACAGCUGUGAAAAGAUUGAUGGCAUCAAAAGAAGGAGAUGAUAUGAGGAAGAGGGUGGUGGAAAUGAGUGGCGCUGUCAAGCGGUCGGUGGAGGAAGGCGGUGUGUCACGCAUGGAGUUGGAUUCUUUCAUUGCUCAUAUCACCAGAUCAUAGCUAAGUUUGAUAAUUUGUCAAGGAAAUCAUGAUUGCAAAACUUAGUUGAUGAAUGAAAUAAUUGUUGUAUUAGUAGUUUCUAGUGGAGACGGUAGCAAAUUGUAGUAGUCUACAGCUGAAGUGUUCAUCAAAGUUAUUAAGUUCCAUGUUUUUUUAUCUUUUUAAUUUGUCAAGGAAAUCAUGAUUGCAAAACUUAGUUGAUGAAUGAAAUAAUUGUUGUAUUAGUAGUUUCUAGUGGAGACGGUAGCAAAUUGUAGUGGUCUACAGCUGAGGUGUUCAUCAAAGUUAUUAAGUUCCAUGUUU